GAUAAAAUUGAAAGUUUCCGCCUGCGUCUGCAAAAGCAAACGGAAGCAAGGAGAGAAUGUACUGAAAAAAUAGAAAGGCUGGCAGAUGGAGUCUUUCAUUCAACUUUGGGGAUGAAGCUAAUGAAAUGUAAGGAAGAGUUUCUUACCAAGCAACUGAUCCUGAUAGAAGAUGAAUUAAAAUUUAACACAGAAAAGAUGGAAAGUAUUCACAGUUCUCAUGAAGAAUCAUCAAAAGCUUUUAUGAUAUUAGUACACCAGUUUUCAAGUGACUACAGCAUUUCUAGCAACAGGCGAGAAAUCAGAGAUGCAGAAACCAAAAUGGCUAUAAAAACAUUACGUGCUCUAGUGGAGUCUCUAUCUCAUGAGCUUCAAGAGCUGCAGAAUAGAGACAGUGAAUUCUCUGAGGUUAUCAAACGACUACAAGAUACUAGUCACCUGAAAGAUGACCUGGAAAAUCAAAGAAAAGAGUGUGAGCAACAAAUUGAAAGAGAAAAAUGUGAAAUUAUGCAGCUACAAGAGCAACACUAUCAGCUUGAAUAUGCACCAGAAACUGAUGAGAGUUUUGCUGUAUUGAACAGCGAAUUGAAGAAGUACAAGACAGCUGAUCUAGAGAAGAAAGCUAAAGACCUCCAGAAAGAGUUAAAUCAACUGGCGAGGACAGCCAGACAGAAAGAGAGUCAGAGACUAAAACAACAGUACAGACAAUGGCAAAGGCAGCGCCAACAAAUGCUUCACCAAAAAAAACUAGAAUAG